CGAUAUAUCUCGAAGCUGUGUUUGCGAUAUAUUCGAUGUCGACUUCUUUCAUUAUCGUCGCUGACACUCUGACACGCCGGACGGACGUUUUUUGCGUCAGUUGCGUUAGUAAAGACGAUUCUCGCGAGUUGCGAAGCGAUUAAUUUCGGAGAUAAUCCUUGACACGCGCUAUCUUGCAGAUAGAUAUUACCGCAGUGAACGAGAGAACCUACGCGGGAAAAUGACGGAGUCGGAGAAUAUUUUCUUGUUCGUGCCGAAUAUCAUCGGUUUCGGCAGGGUAAUUUUGGCGCUAAUUUCCUUUUACUUUAUGCCCACCAAUUAUGUUAUUGCAUCAUGGUGUUACGUGGUCAGUUCGUUAUUGGAUGCGAUAGAUGGCCAUGCGGCAAGGUAUUACAACCAAAGCACAAAGUUUGGCGCAAUCUUGGAUCAGCUGACGGAUAGAGUUGGCACAAUGUGUCUUAUGGUCACGUUAUGUUUGUUUUAUCCUACCUAUACCUUUUGGUUUCAAUUGAGCAUGGCUAUCGAUAUAGCAUGUCACUGGAUAUAUUUGCACACGACUCUUUUACAAGGAAAGACCAGUCACAAAUUUAUCGACAUGUCUGAAAAUCCAAUCAUGAGACUGUAUUACACAAAUCGUACAGUACUAUUCUUCAUGUGUGCUGGUAAUGAAGCAUUUUACGCUGGUUUAUAUCUCUUACACUUUACCGAGGGACCUAUCUUGGCUGGUAUCGGUCUGUACAGAUUAAUUGUAUAUCUGAGUGCUCCAAUAGCAUUUGUCAAAGCUGCUAUUUCUGUACUGCACGGAUAUGUAUCGUGCAUCAAUCUCAGCAUUAUUGAUGUAAAAGAGCGCCAAGAGCGACUUAAAGUGAAUUAAAUCUCUUAACCUAUAAAUGUUUACUAGUCAAGUUGAAUGUGAUUAACAGUUCUUCCGUAAACUGAUGCACGUGCAUGUUUACAUAAUUCCAUAUAUAUUUUUAAGAAAGAAAGAAAACUAUAUGGCAAAAAUCUCUCUAUUUGACUUAAGUACUUAUUGUUAGUGCAUAGAAAAUAUUAUACCUUGAAAUUAGCACAAA